AUGUCUGUUGAGGGGCAGCCGCUCUUGGAACUGCCGGAAACGCCGCGCGAAGAGCUCCCAGCUGUGGAGGUGCCCAGGGCAGACGUGGCCCCUGAGAACGAAGAUCUCCAAGAAGCCGAGAAGGCGGAAACCGAGAUAGUUGGGGAUGCUCCAAAUACAGGGGCAGAGACGGAGCCCAAAAAGGAGUUCAGAGAUCCGACGAGGGAGCUCCAGAGCGUGGAGGCUUUCGUCACUGGUCUUCAGGAGUGGGUCAGGAAGCAGGCGGAUUCUGUUUCGCAAGAACAGGACCUCUCCGUGGCCAAGGAGCAGCUCGAGGAUCUCAUGCAGGAGGUCGUCAUCGCCCAAGAGAAGUUGGAGAGCGCGGCGCACCAAGCCCUCGCCUUGCAGCGCGACCUGGCGCUGGCCACGGACCGCUCCCUGGUGCUAAGGGCCGAGGAGCAGGAGCACAGCGGCGCCGUAGAGAAGAAGCAGUUGAUCGUCGCAGCGAACGCGCACCUCCGGCAGUGCCUGUGCCGAGAUCCCGCCGGAAAGCUCUGGCCGAUCUGGUCCACGAAAGCGAGUGAUCUCCAAGAGUACGGCCCAGGCAUCUCUCUCUACUUCAACUUUACCGUGCGCCUUGGCAUCACCUUCUUUCUCUGUAGCAUUCUGGUGCUGCCGCUGCUCUUGCUCAGCCUGGUGGGGAACGGGCUUGACAACAUCGAUGCGGGCACGGGAGAGCUGGGGGUCUCCCGGCUGUUUAGGUCAGCCUCCUUUUUAACACGCAAAAAAAUAUGA